ACCUGUACCGGAGCCUGGUGCGCUACGCCCGGGACCUGGAGCUGUCGGAUAAACCGUACUACCUGAGGAGGCUGAGGACCGAGUUCGAGAAGCACCGGGAUCUCGCGGACGACAAGGAGCGCCAGUUUUAUUUCCAGAAGGGCAAGGCCUUCCUUGAAAAGAGGCGGCUCGUAUGACAUGCUUACCGGAGUGCUGCGAGCGGCCGGGACCUCGGCAGCACGGCUCCUGCUCCGUGGCUCGAUGCGGAGCAAGCACUCCGUCGACCGAUCCAGAGUCCCAGUCCUGAAAGACGAAGACAUCGUCGAACAGUUUGUCCACGGGAGUGGUCCGGGAGGCCAGGCUGUCAACAAGCUGGCCAACUGCGUCGUGCUCUGUCACACCCCGACAGGUGUCGUGGUUCGCUGCCAUGAAAGCAGGCUUCAGCACGAAAAUCGGAAGCUUGCCAGGAAGUUGCUGGUGGAGAAAGUGGACGAGCACCUGAACGGGGACAUGAGCGUCUCAGCCCAGAAGCUGCGCUGGGCCCAGAGCAAGGAGCUCAAGUCUAGCCAGAGGAAGGCGAGGCUGCGGGAGCUCAGAAGGCAGUUCAAAGAGCGCGAGGGUCUGACGUAGCACUUCUUCCGGCCGGUGUAGGUGAGCUCCGCUGCACGGGUGUAGUCAAAUAAAUUUGAUUCUGAACUUUU